AUGAAGACGGCAGGCACACUUCGUAAGAAAGGGUUGGGAGGCGUAGACCACUUUAUGAAGAAGGAUAAAUCCAAGAACAGCCUGAACAGUUCACCCGUAUCUUCACCUGCACCAUCAUCACCCAAAGUCGUUGCACCACCUGUAAAAGUUGUUCAACAAGCUCCCAUUACCGUCGAUUUACAUCGUUUUGCAGACAAUAACUUACAGCCUGAAGAUUUUGUGCGUCGUUCUUUAGGAGAUACCAAUGAAGAAGGCAUUCGAGGUUUCUACAAAUCGUUACUGGAUGCGAAGCAUGUUGUGGGUGGCGAUUUACAGCGAAACGUCUAUCGAAACUAUACCGAGUUUGUUUCCAUCUCUAAAGAGAUUGUGAAUUUGGACGCCGAUGUACUUUCUGUCAAGGAAUACCUCAAUGAACUCAAGUCCAUCUGGGAAUCGUUCCUAGCUGCAACCCACUCCUCCGACAUGACCUCCAACAACAAUACGAUCGAAAGUAUUUUCAACUCCCACCCUACCAAGAAAGCCGACAUCAUGACCAAUACGGAUAAUCUAUACCGUGUGCAAAUCAUGGCGUUAUGGGAUAACGUGGAAGGCUCACACCGUUUUAUCCCACAAGCAGAGAACAAACAUAUUGUGAGGGAAUGUGUGAAUUUUUACGAUAUCAAUCCCAAGACAUUACAGCCUAGACAGGCAGUGCACUUGUUCUUGUUAAAUGAUUGUCUUUUAUUAGCUCGUAGAAGAACAAACAAGUUGGUCGCUGAACAUUGUUGGAAUAUUCAAGAUUUAACCAUUGUCGAUAUUAAAGAUUCGGCUGAUCUCACCAAUGCACUCCGACUCGUUGUAUACCCAGAGACUUUUAUUUAUCGCUCAGAACGGAUUGAAGACAAGAUGGGUCUCUUAAAUGCUUACCGAAGACUGAUUGAUGAAAAUGAUGACCGUCAAUUGGAUACACCUCAAUCCGCUGAUAUUCGAAAGGUUCGAGAUAUAAACAAUAUGCAUCCAGAAAAGGAAAAGUGGCUGAUCGAUUUAGCUGAUCAAAUGGAGAUUAUGAUUGCAUUGAGAGAAUUCGAAAAUAGUGUGGCCUAUAUUGAGAAGGCACGUCAUAUUAUACUUUCUUCAUCUAGCUCAUUACCGAUUGUGAGAGAAGCUAAAGAUCACAUUGAACAAUAUACAGAUACAUUGAGUACCAUCAUUAGUCGGGACCUGAGUAAUACUCUGUUGACAAAGAUUCAGUUUCAACGUUAUGUCAAUUGGUUACUUCGAUUGGAUAAGAGUGAAAAAGCACGUCAAGUCUUCUUGGGUACCCGUACAUUGAUCAUUAAAAAGAGAAUCAGACAAUUAGUGUUUGGAGGUGAUAUUACUACUUAUAUCAGUGAAUUGGCUUUGGUUGUAUUUACAUUGAUUAGAAAUACUUGUGAAUGGUAUCGAGAUUCAUUCAAACAAAACGACAUGGCAUCAGGUUUUGUCACUUGGGUUCGAGAACAAACGGAGAUUUAUGCCAAUAUUUAUAAACGUCAGGUGUUUGGUCAAAGUCAACUAAGCUGUCAAGUGAUUGCUGAUUGCUUUAAAUCCACAGUGGAUCAAUGUUCCAUCCUUCGAAAGGUGGGAUUGGAUCUCAAGUUCAUGCUGGAAGAUUUAUUUUUGGAAAAUGUAAAAGAAACCGUGAUUGCCUAUGAAAAGAGAAACAGUCAAAAGAUUGAAAAGUUUAUCGCCAAUGAUAAUUUCAAUUUGGUUUCUGGACAAGGCUUAGUGAUUGAAAGUGUGUGUCAAUUAACCGAACAUUACCUAAGAUCUAUGUUGGCAGAAGCACGUAAAAAAGAACUGACUAGAGAACAGGUAUAA